AUAUUUUGUGGUCCUGUAUGUACUUGUGACGUGACAUCCUUUGAUGUGCUUGUCAAUUAAUUGAGUGGAAGGUCCCUGAAGACAAUUUAUGCUGUGAUGAUAUCUAAUGUCACUUUUUAUUUAAAAUAGUAGUCUGGAUCUUGGUCGCACAUGGGUUUUGAAAAAUUAAUUAGUAAUACACAUAUAAUAAUCAAAUACCUAGUCAUAAUUAUAAUUUUUUGUGUAAUUUUAUAAAUAUUAUGAACCAUAACAUACGAGUAUUUGUAAUCUAUCAAAGUCACCAUUGGAAUAUGAGGCAUUCGUUUUCUUUUUGAAUUGUCAUUUAUCUUAACAUCUUUUUGAAUAUAAGCUUACCAAAUAUUCUUAUUUUCCUUGCCAUCUCAUCUAUUAAAUGGAUGUCAUCAUAAACAAACGAUCAAUUCGAACUGCUUUCGUUGUAAGUGAGCAUACCAUCAAUUAUCUUGGAAUAAAUUACGAAUGUUAAAAUUGAAAAUAAGUAGGAACUUAGGUAGCACAACAUUAACUCGAAUUUAGAAAUAAAAAUAAAUCUUUAUAAAUAUUCUAUCACUAAAAAUUAUAUUACAAUGCAUAUUUCACUGUUUGAGAAGGUCAAUUUGUGAUUCAAAGACAUGUUUAUGAAAUUGAGAGAAAUAAGCUAUGGUAUGCGAAUGUGGAUAUUUUUUCUUACGUAUGUGCUGACGUAAGAACUUUUGGACUGUAAUGUUGCACUUAAAAGCCUCCGGUUGUUUAAAAGGCGAUCCAGGAACCAAGUUCAUCACUGUCGCACGAAAUCAUUACUCACCCACGCUUUCAUCUUCUCCCUGCCACCCUGCGUAGCAAUGGAAACAGUUCAGUUUAUUUUCGCUAAUGGUGGAGCUGGAGAAGCAAGCUAUGCAAACAAUUCCUCCUUUCAAUUUCGUGCAGAGUAAGAUUAUAUCAAAAGUGAAACCCAUCCUAGAAGAAAGUAUGAAGUCCCUGUACUGCAACUCUGUCCCGAGCUGUUUCAGAGUGGCUGAUCUGGGUUGUUCUUCGGGACCAAAUGCACUUCAGGCGGCGUAUGAUGUUAUCGAUGUUGUUCAUAACAUAAGUCGCAGCUAUAACCGUGAGCCACCCAUCACAUUCCAAAUUUACCUGAACGAUCAAUUUCAAAACGAUUUCAACAACAUCUUUGAGGCCCUACCUUGCUUCUACGAGAGGCUACGAGAAGAAAAGGGAGAGGGAUUUGGUGCAUGUUUCGUCAAUGCAACGCCCGGAAGCUUUUAUGGGAGACUCUUCCCGACCAACUCCAUGCACUUUUUUCACUCUUCCACCAGUCUCCAUUGGCUCUCUCAGGCUCCGAAAGGAUUGAUUAACAAGGAAAACAUUUACUUCACCAACACGAGCCCAUGCACAGUGUACCAAGCUUACCUUGAUCAGUUCAGUGAAGAUUUCAAUCUGUUUCUAAAAUCACGAGCGGAGGAACUAGUGCAUGGUGGUGGUAUGGUUCUAACAUUUGUUGGCAGAGAUGAAACUUCCGACAUAAUCACUCCUUGGGGGUUGAUUGGUUUGGUUCUCAAUGACAUGGUUUUGGAGAGUUUGAUUGAAGAGGCAAAGUUGGAGUCCGUUCAUAUGCCAAGAUAUGGUCCUACUGCUGAUGAAGUUAAGCAAUUGAUUGAUGCAGAAGGGCGUUUUAUUCUUGAAAAGUUGGAGACAUUCAAGUCGGGAUGGGAUGAGGGCUUGAAAGAAAAUGGUAACAGUGAUAUGGCUUUGGAUGUAAAUGUCAGAGCCAAUUUCAUAGCCAAAUACGUGAGAGCUACUACCGAACCUUUUCUGACUUCACGGUUUGGAGAAGGUAUAAUCGAUGAAUUAUUCCUUAGAUUCGGAAAGAAGGUUGCCAAACUGUUGGAGGAACAAAAAUUAGAGUAUACUUAUCUGGUCAUGUUCAUGACAAAAAAGUGAAUGAGCAACGUAAUUUAAGCUUAGAAUCCAAAAUUCACCUGACAUGUUUACGUUCACCUUCUAUCUCGUUUAUCAAGUUUGUAUUUAGUUUACGUUGCAGGGAGUCCACGUAUAAUAUAAUAUACGGUUGACACCCCUAAUCUUUACCAUAUUUUUACUUCGUUACGCAGAUAUAAUAAAAUGUAGUCAGUAUUUCAGUGUCAACCAAUCAUUUUCUUGUAAUAUAACAUACAAUCUUUUGUGUUAUUA